UGUUAAUAUGAGCUUAGCGAAAUCUCCACUCAGAAAGGGGACAAAUAGGAAAUCGCCGAAGAAAGGUGAAUCUCCAAAAAAGAAGACUUUCACUACAAUGGUAUAUGAAUACAAUGAUUCCGGGUUGACGCAUAAUAAAGUUGAAAUCGAACAUCUUAAUACUGUGAUUGUAUCUCUUAAUCAGAAGGUAGAGGUUACUAAAGACAUGCAAGCAGAACUCGACUCAAAGAAUGCUAACUUGCUUCAAAGUGAGAAAGAUAGAGAUCAAUUACAUCAGCAACAUAGAGAGUACAUCCAGAAAAAUGAAGAAGAUUCAAAAGCAAAUAAAGAUUUCCAAGAUAGACUUCACAUGAAAAAUGAGGAUUUGCAGAAAGAGAUCAACAGACUCAAUGAUGUUAUUAAUGUUUUAAAGAGAGAAAAGGCUGAUAGAGAAACAACAAUUGAUAGACAAAGUACAGCAUUACUUCAACUUCAGAAUGAGAUCCAAAGAAUUACACAUGAAUUGAAGAUUAGGAUUGAUGUUGAAAGUCAACUAUCAGAAUCAAGAAAUCUUGUAGCAGAAUUAGAAGCACAAAAAGCUGAACUCAAAAAACAACUUACCAUUGCUUCUGACUACCUCAUCGAACAAGAUGAUAAAGUCCACAAAGCCAACAAAACCAGCCUCGAACUACUCGACCACCUCAAAGAUGCCGAACUCGAAAUCGAAACGCUCAAAGACUACAUCGUCGAGCUCAAGCACCGCAUCGCAGUCUACAUUCCGGUUGAAAGCGACUCAGUCGACGCCAAGCUUGCCGAGUACAUCAACAACUACCCAGAACGCAACCGCCUGAAAGUGAUGUUCAUGCGGGAGUCUUCGGGCAUCUACCAGUUCGGAACCCGCAAGAUCUUCGUCAAAGUCGAGCAAGACAAGAUCAUCAUCAGAGUGGGCGGAGGCUUCCUCACCAUCGACGAGUUCCUGGACAUCUACACGCCACUCGAGAUCGAGAAGCUAGAGCGCAAGAGUCCACUCAAGAAGUUCUCUGAGAAAGUAGCUGUGCAGAAGACCUGCAUCGGCAGAGAAAUCAGAGAGGACUCACCGAUCAGAUCGCCAGCAAGGUCACCGAAGAGAGGCUCACCGACCGGGAAGGGAAGUCCAAUGAGGAAGACAUCAACUAAGAAGGGAGGAUCCCCGCUCAAAAAGUAGAUCGGAAAGCAGAGAGAUUACUAAAGAUGUAUAAGAAAAUUAUU